CGUCAUCAUAGUAACAGAGAGUCGACCGGCGCAUGCGAUCUCGUCUUUCCGCGAAAAUUAUGGCAGAAAUCGAAGAAAUCAGGAGACCAGAAGACGAGUUAGACGACGACGAUGAUAUAGAUGAUGAGGAUAUUGAAGACGAGUCGUUAUUUGAGCGGCUGGUGGGUCUCUCAGAGAUGUUCCCGGACAGCAUGCGUAGUGGGGUGUCUGGGGUAACCUCGCUGUCGGUGUCGGGCACGAAGUGGCUGUACCAGUUCACGCGUCGGAGCCUGUGGGUCGUCAGCACCUCCUUCAUGAUUCUGGUCCUCCCUGUCAUCUUCGAGACAGAGAAGGCACAGAUGGAGCAGCAGCAGUUGCAGCAGCAAAGACAGAUCCUUCUUGGCCCCAAUGCUGCAGUUUCUGGAGGAAUGCAAGGGGGCCUCGGUGGGAUGCCCCUACCCCCGGGCAUGCAACCUCAGCCAAGAUAACUUCCUC